AUGAUGGAAGCUGUCAACUUCAUUUGUUGGCUAGCCUUUAUUGCUCUCAUUAUCAUGGGCAAGGUGAAAUACAGACAACACUUAAUAGGUGAUGUUAAAAACAAAUAUCAAGUAGGUGGUUAUUGUCAACUGUCAUAAAGUGUUUAUUGAAUUUUAAAAAAACCUUAAAAUUAAAAUUUCGAAAUAUUGUGGUAGCCGUUCUGCUAAAAGACAAAAAUAACUUUUUUAGUUUGAUUUACCUAUUUUAGAUCAGUGUAUGUCUUCGAACACUAGCAGUGCUAAAAGUUAUGGCUAUUUGUAGUGCAGUGCGCAACUUUGUAUGCAUCAACGUACUCAUCAUCUUGUACGUAUGGGUACGACCAUAGUAAGUAGAACAACAUUUUUUACUUGUAAACUGCCAAAUACAAAAAAAUAAUUUUAAAAAACGCAAAUUACUAUGUUUCGUAUAUUUUAUUGUAAUAAAAUAUGCCAAAAGUUACGUUGUAAUCCAAAAGUAAUUUCAGCAACGACUUAAAAACAGAAUCUUUCUUUUCCUUCUUCUACGACCUCACACUGUCCUUUUACUCAGCCACCGUGCCGUUCCUGAUGAUACACAGUCACAGAGAAAUGCAAAGAACGUGCAAGUAAGUCUAAUCUAUUUCACAUCUACGUGAACUUCGUUAUUAGACGUAACUAGCGAUUAUCCUUAAAGGUGUUCCCCUGUACCAGUUUGUAGUUUACAAUGUAGAUUACAAAAACCGUGCGAUUAAGGGAAACACUAUAUAUGUAAUUAAAAGGUUCAUACCAAGCCUAAACUAUAGUAUUGUAGGAUAGUUUGUGUUACUUUCGUCAUUUAGUAUCACAGUCAUUAUAAUUAAAAACCACAACCAUCUUUUUAUGAUAGUAUCCCACACAGUACACCAUUUACAGUGUUUUUACUGAAAUAAAAUUUUUUUUAUUAACAUAAAUACAAAAAAAAAUCAUUUUAAUUUUUUUUUCCUUUCAGUAAAAUGUGUUGUACAACAAUAAAACCUCGCAAAUCUGUAACUUUUGCGGCUUCAACAGCUUCUGAAUUCAAGUUUGUGGCCUAUAAUGUUGUGGGCGACAUAAUUACUGUAAACACAAACGAAACAGCAUUUCACUUUGAACAACUUGAAACAAACUGGAACAAACAUAGGUUAAGUGUACAACACACUCCACAUAUCUUGACACAUAGUGAAUAA